AUGACGCUGCGGCAUUGCUAUCCACUUGCUGCCGGGAUUUUUAUCCUCCUCGUUCUUGGCCUCUCUGAAGGAGGGAAACUCCUGGUGGUGCCCAUGGUUGGAAGCCACUGGCUGAGCAUGAAGGAAGUAGUUCAGAAGCUCGCCGAGAGGGGACAUGAAGUGGUGGUGCUUAAACCAGAAGUAAGCUGGCAUACGGGAGAGGCACAAAAACACGCAUACACUGUGAAGACAUACCCAGUGUCCACCAAGUUAGAGGACCUGGAUAAUGCCUUUCAGCUGUAUCUUGCUACUCACCUGAAGAGUUUGCCUUUCCCACUGUAUGCUUAUGCAACCUACAACAUUUCAACAUACCUUUUUGAAUCCUUCUAUCUUCAGUGCAGGGAACUGUUCAUCAGUAGAGAAACACUGCAGUACUUGAAUCAAAGCAGCUUUGAUGCCGUCCUCACAGACCCUCUUUUUAUGUGUGGAGCAACACUUGCUAAUUACCUUUCACUUCCAUUUGUGUUCUUCAUGAGAGGAAUGCCUUGCAAUCUACACUUUGAAGCCGAACAGUGCCCAAGCCCUCUGUCGUAUGUCCCCAGAACAUUUUCAUUCAAUUCAGACCACAUGACAUUUUUCCAGAGAGUGGAAAAUACACUGAUUUCUCUCCUGGAGCGCUUUUACUGUUAUGGUUACUAUCGAGCUGCAAUACAGCUUUCCUCUGAAGUUCUUCAUAGAGAUGUAACUCCGAUGGACCUCCUGAACUCUGCUUCUGUUUCAAUAAUGAGGUUUGACUUUGUGUUUGAGUAUCCCAGACCAGUGAUGCCCAAUAUGGUCUUUGUUGGAGGUAUGAACUGUGCUGAGAAGAAACCAUUGCCUAAGGUAUGUUCAUUUUCUCAAAUUACACAUUUCCCAAAGCAAUGCAAUUUCAUGGGUAGUGGACAUCUAGUGCUCUUGAUUUUGUUCUUUUUUUUUCCUAAUGAUUUAAUUUGUAACUGA